AGCCCGGCGCCCCAGAGGCCGCGAGUGAGGAGGCCGGGCCUCCUGGGCGCGGCGCGGCGGAGGAGCUGGGGACGAGGCGGACGCGGGCAACUCGCCCGGCCGCCGCCGCCGCCGCCGCCGGCCCUGCAGCCCCCGCCUCGGCCUCGCGCUCCGGGCCCGGCGGCCGCGGCCGGAGCCGCCGAGAUGGCGGGCGGGCACUGCGGCGGCGGCUUCGGGCCCGCGGCGGCGGCCGGCAGCGGCGAGAUCGUGCAGCUGAACGUGGGGGGCACGCGAUUUAGUACCUCAAGACAAACUCUUAUGUGGAUUCCAGAUUCUUUUUUUUCCAGUUUGCUGAGUGGAAGAAUCUCAACACUGCGGGAUGAAACUGGUGCUAUAUUUAUUGAUAGAGAUCCGGCAGCAUUUGCACCCAUUUUAAAUUUUCUUCGGACAAAAGAACUAGACUUAAGGGGAGUAAGCAUUAACGUUCUCAGGCAUGAAGCAGAGUUUUAUGGGAUCACGCCACUGGUGAGACGGCUGCUGCUGUGCGAAGAGCUGGAGCGCUCGUCCUGUGGCAGUGUGCUCUUCCACGGUUAUCUGCCCCCGCCAGGUAUCCCUCCUCGUAAAAUAAACAACACUGCUAGGUCUUCUGCUGACUCCAGGAACGGUCUGAACUCCAUAGAGGGCGAAGCCCGGGGUGGUGGUGCGCAGCCCGUCCUGGCCGCUGCUGGGGAAGAGGCUGGUAGGCGGGCAGGGUUUCCUGUGGAUCCGAGGAAGGUGCUAAUAGUAGCCGGCCAUCACAACUGGAUCGUGGCUGCAUACGCCCACUUUGCUGUGUGCUACAGAAUCAAAGAAUCUUCAGGAUGGCAGCAAGUGUUUACGAGCCCAUACUUAGAUUGGACCAUUGAACGCGUGGCCUUGAACGCCAAAGUGGUUGGGGGCCCUCAUGGAGACAAAGACAAAAUGGUGGCCGUUGCCUCGGAGAGUAGCAUCAUCCUGUGGAGCAUUCAGGAUGGAGGCAGUGGCAGUGAGAUCGGAGUCUUCAGCCUUGGUGUCCCAGUAGACGCACUCUUCUUUAUUGGGAACCAGUUGGUGGCCACCAGUCACACGGGGAAAGUGGGAGUGUGGAAUGCAGUCACGCAGCACUGGCAGGUUCAGGAUGUUGUCCCCAUAACUAGUUACGACACCGCGGGGUCCUUUCUCCUCCUGGGAUGUAACAACGGAUCAAUAUAUUACAUAGAUAUGCAGAAAUUCCCUUUGCGCAUGAAGGAUAAUGAUCUUCUUGUUACAGAACUCUAUCAUGAUCCUUCCAAUGAUGCUAUUACUGCUCUGAGCGUUUACCUCACACCCAAAACAAGUGUCAGCGGGAACUGGAUCGAGAUCGCCUAUGGUACGAGCUCUGGAGCAGUGCGAGUGAUUGUGCAGCACCCGGAGACGGUGGGGUCAGGCCCUCAGCUCUUCCAGACCUUCACAGUUCACCGAAGCCCUGUGACAAAGAUCAUGCUGUCGGAGAAGCACCUGGUAUCAGUCUGUGCAGAUAACAAUCAUGUGCGCACAUGGACGGUGACGCGGUUCAGAGGCAUGAUCUCUACUCAGCCGGGCUCCACACCUUUAGCGUCAUUCAAGAUUCUGUCUUUGGAGGAGCCAGAGAGCCAGGGGAGCUGCUCCUCUGGGAAUGACAUAGGGCCUUUUGGAGAGCGAGAUGACCAGCAGGUGUUUAUUCAGAAAGUUGUUCCCAUCACUAACAAAUUGUUCGUCCGGCUGUCGUCUACUGGGAAGAGGAUCUGCGAGAUCCAGGCUGUGGACUGCACGACCAUCUCCGCCUUCACCGUACGCGAGUGCGAGGGCUCCAGCAGGAUGGGCUCGCGGCCACGGCGCUACCUGUUCACAGGCCACACCAACGGCAGCAUCCAGAUGUGGGACCUGACCACGGCGAUGGACAUGGUCGGCAGGAGCGAGGACAAGGACGUAGGGGGCCCGACUGAGGAAGAGCUGCUCAAGCUGCUGGAUCAGUGUGACCUGAGCACGUCGCGCUGCGCCACCCCGAACAUCAGCCCUGCCACCUCUGUGGUUCAGCACAGCCGCCUGCGAGAGUCCAGUUCCAGCCUUCAGCUUCAGUACCAUGAGCCCCUCCACGAGGCGGCGACCUAUGGCUCUGUGCGGCCUUACAGGGAGAGCCCUCUGCUAGCGAGGGCCAGGAGGACGGAGAGCUUCCACAGCUAUAGGGAUUUCCAGAUGGUCACCUUCAGCAGAGGCCCCGAGAGAGCGGUCCCCGAGAACGGCGGCCUGGGGCCAGCGCCGGCCGAGGUGAAAGGAGCUGCGGGCGAGGGCCACGUAGCUGAGAGGAGGUCCCCAGGGACCGAGCCGAAGAGCUCCCGAGAGCUGGAGGGCGGUCUGGAGGUGCACAGAGUGGCUGAGGAGCUUUUGGAAGCCAGGAAGCGGUCAUCAGAAGAGGAGAAUGAAAAUAAAACAGAACUGAAGAAGAAGGGCGGCUUCGAGGGCGGUGGGCUCCUGGGAAGGAGGAAGGCGCCCCAUCCCGCCUCUUCCCCCAGCACCUCGGACGGAGGCCCCGACUCCCCCGGGACCGCCUCCCCGUCGCCCACAAAGACCACGCCAUCUCCUCGGCACAAGAAGAGCGAUUCUUCGGGUCAGGAGUACAGCUUGUGAGAAUUCACCCUGGGAGUGGCGGUUCGUUAGGUUCAGAUGGAAAUUAUGUUUUCCUGGAUUUCAGUACAUUUGUUUUUACACUAAGAGAUAAAAUUGGACUGCAGCUAGUAUCUUUUUAACACAGUUGCCUGGAUAAGGAGAUACAGCAAUCACAUCUACGGACAUUUUGGACAUUUUUUAGUUUUCAGGCACAUAUGACAGAUCAUUCAUGGAGCGGACUCACUGUAACAUGUAGCUUGCUCGUCUCGUAGUCUCUGUCUUAGUGGGGUGCUGUCGUGUGCGCUCGGGGCCAGACGUGGGGACCAGAGGCCACACUGCUGAUCCCAACCGUGCUGACUCUCGUCCUGCAAUGUCACCGUAAGUGAGUCACGUAAUUCUCCUUGGUCCUGGGCCCUUGUUGUGUUGCAGUGUGUUUACCAGAUACUUGAUGAGGUGCUAUGUCUGUGGAAAAUACCAUGUAACUCAAAACACUAGUGUCAGUGCCAGACUGCUGUGCGGGAGGCCUUCUAGGGUCACUUUAGUUUGUGGGUCAUUUUCUGAUUCUUGUUGGCAGUUCUCAGAUCUUAACGUGCAUCACCAAUAUUUAAUGCUUCAAGUCCCCAUGAACUUUAUUUCAAGUUGGAGCAAUUGUCCAUGUUUGCAGAUGACAUAAAAAAUAAUAAUUAGGGCAGAGCUCUGAGUAUCCAAAAGGAAAACUCUCCCAGUUGCUAAUUUGCCUUGUUUCAGGAAUCACCAUAUUACUUUCAGUGUUAAUAAUCCAAUAAUUAAAUAUGCCCAUUAUACUACACUUAAGGAUGUGUAGUUGUGGAUGUUUGGUUAAAGGUUUUUACUGGUGUAAAAAUGUUGUUUUGAAUAUAUUUUGAAUUGUAAGAGAAGAAAAAAAUUUUUGUACAUUUUUCCUUCAUUUAAUUGGAAUGAAUGUCAAGUUUCAGCAAAUAGGGGAAGUGUAAAUUUAAACAAGCAUUCAUUGCUAAAUAAUGUGUAUAUAUUUCCAUUCCAAGAAAUAUAUGUGCGUGAAGUUGGAAUAAAUGCUUUAAAGUUUACUGUAUUGUCAGUGAUUUUCACAAAAAUCUCGGUAUUUAUUUAUCAGCUUAAUCAAAUAAAAAUUAUUAAGACAGUA